UGUAUGCUAUCGGGGGCGGCCCGUAACUAAGGAGCGCUGCAUAUCUGGCAACCCGUAGCAGCAGUGGACAGCCCUCACCUCGGUUUUGACAGCGAUAUUGCCUUCAGCCAGUGUCUUAUCAACAUUGGGGAGGACGCAAUAACAAACACAGAGAUGGCAGUGAAUGUAUACUCGACUUCAGUAACAAUUGAGAACCUGAGCCGACAUGACAUGUUGGCAUGGGUAAAUGACUCCCUCCUGCUCACCUACACCAAAAUAGAACAGUUAUGUACAGGGGCGGCUUAUUGUCAGUUCAUGGACAUGUUGUUCCCAGGUUGUAUUCUUUUAAAGAAAGUGAAAUUUCAAGCCAAGCUGGAACAUGAGUAUAUACACAACUUCAAAGUACUGCAGGCAGCUUUCAAAAGGAUGAAUGUUGACAAAAUAAUACCCGUGGAAAAAUUAGUGAAAGGAAAAUUCCAGGACAACUUUGAAUUCAUCCAGUGGUUUAAAAAAUUCUUCGACGCCAACUACGACGGAAAAGAGUAUGAUCCUGUGCAAGCCAGACAGGGCCAGGACGUGGCACCUCCACCAAACCCAGGUGAACACUUUUCCCACAAACCCAAGAGAACUGGUCUCUCAGGGCCUCAAAGAACAUCGCCAACAGUACCCAAAAACAUGCCCAUUCCACAGAGGGUGACCACCACCAUAAGGAAGAACCCUACACAUGCCAGAAAUGGGGGCAGUGAUGCUGAAAUCAUGGAGCUUAAUCAACAGUUGAUGGAGCUGAAGUUAACUGUAGAUGGUCUGGAGAAGGAGAGAGAUUUUUACUUCAGCAAACUUCGAGACAUUGAACUUAUCUGCCAAGAAAAUGAGACUGAAAACAACCCAAUUAUCUCUAAGAUAGUUGACAUUUUGUAUGCCACAGAGGAUGGCUUUGCACCGCCAGAAGAUGAUGAAAUAGAUGAGCAGGCCCACUUGGACCAGGACGAAUACUGAGCAGCAUCCCUAUUUAUGGGAUGACGUUGUGACCCGUCACCAUUUUCUCCGCCCACCACUCUGAAUGACCCGCCCCCCACCGCACGCUGUUAAUAACCCCUCAAUACCUGUCAACUCCAUGGGCUCACCAUACAAUAUAUACUCCACAUUUGUCUCCUCCCGCGCCGGUUUAUACACUACAUCUGUAUCAUCAAACAUUGCCACCCUUAUCCAGACAGUAGCACCAACACCACACACCUUUCCCAGCACAAGAAUGAACAAAAGUAAAGGUACAGUAUCAAAGAGUGGGUAGCAAAACGGACUAAAAAAUGUAAAUAUUGUGAUGGGAAAGACAUUUUUGAAGAAAAAAGAAAGAAAAUGAAGAUACUCGUUGCCCGGAAUGCAGUUAUAUGUUGUCCGCACUUAUUUUUGGGGUCGGUCUUGGCUUCAUACUGUAUGGAUUGGUCAUUUUUACAUCCAUCUGUGUAUUCAGCCUCAAAAUGCCUUUUUCACUGGCUAAUCACUUUGAAUUGUUAAAAUCGUCCAUUAGAAAAAUCCCAACAAUAUCAAGCUUAUGGAUAUUUUAUAGCUGCAACUAAUGUCCAGGUUAACUAGAUAAAGAUUAAUGAUAGAAAUAGCCGAAUUGCGUUAAGGCAUGAAUCUGUCAAAAACACGUCCUGGUCAGAUUGCUCAAAUACAGGGUUUAAUUUUGAUUUCAGGCUGAAAUAUGAUCUGGACAUGUUUUUGAGAUUAGGCUCGCUUUAUUAACCUGCUUCAUUCUGAGCUUUAGAGAAGACAUUUAUACUAAAUGUUGAGAGGCCAGUGACAGAGGUACAAUAAUUGAGUACUAAAGGAAAAAUAUGUGUAAACGUAUGUGCACAGGAUUUAAAAUGUGUAUAAAAGACUACAGUAACGUUAAAAACGAAACUUGUUUUGCUUAUACCCAGGGAGCAUGUGAAUGUUAUACAUUGACAGUUUAUUAUGAGUGAUUGUUUGUAAAUCACCUUUUUUCUCCUGUUAACAGUUCUGACGUGCUUGAUUGUGACAUCAUUAUGACACCUCAUUUGUCAUAGACUGAUUAUUAAUAGAAACUCACCACAUGGAUGGCAAGUAUAUAUAUAAGAUCAUUGAGCAUGAGGAACAAUGCUUAUUGUUACCAUGUACAGUAUAUUUUAUUUUAGUGGCAAUCACACAAGUGAUACUACUGAAUAGAUGAUGUCAUACUGAACUGACAUUUGCUGCUAGUGUUGCUGCAUUAACGCGUUUUAUUUUGUAUUUAUUUCGCUCAGCUAUUGAAUAGCACAUGGGCCGCGCAUUCUUAACUAAAUCAAAUCAGAUUUGUAAAAGGCCCUGAUCAAACUAAACAGAGAUGCUAGAUGCCAGAAUUGUUGGUUUGUUUUAACUUUACAGGGUGAAUCUGCUUCUCUCUGCAUAACAGAUCCAAGUCAUCUUGUAUUGUCUCAAUAUGGCAUUAGCUGUGUUUGCAUAAAUUGUUUUGAGUAAAUAAACAUUUGUGAAAAA